AUGUUUUAUUUAAUAUCAUUAUUUCUGUUGUGUAAUCAUUUCGGCGCGGCGUUGGUUGGGAAAGACUCGGAUAAUUUUGGUCCGUACAACAUCGCGUGGGAACAUCACGAGACCUGCAAAGGGCCUAAGUCGGUUGAUUUAACGAAAUAUUCAACACAUUUGGUUGUUGCAGACAACGCAUUUCAUAAUGAGAUCAAUAUAACCUUUUUGGACCAAACCGUCAUCGAGGAGAUCAAAAUGUCCGUGUACGCUAUUAAGGACAAACGGAAAAGCCUGCUCUGGAACUACAUUGUAGUGAAGCCUUGCCAACACUUUGCGCUCGCUGCGGUACUGGAAACAUAUGUAGGUGCCAAAAAUUGUGUCGUCAAAAAGGGGUCGUACUACUGCGAUUUGAAUAUAACAGAAAUAACUUAUAAGUACCUUGGGACGUCUUUCUUUUACGGCAAAUUUAUAUUUCGAGUGCUCGUCCUUUCCAAGAAAGGAAAUAUCAUUUGCCUCGUGUUCAGCCCAGAAAUUAAGAAAAAAGUUGUG